UACCUUCAUGCAUGGCCCAUAAAGGAUUCGUCGACUAUCCGAGAAGUACGCAAGAAACGGCAUCUAACACCUGACAAGCCGUGAUCUCCCAUUCUCCCGCGCCUUACAGCCCAAUUCCUGCGGGUUUUUAUUGACAGCUGUGGACGGAUCCUUUAACUGUUGUUGACGUUCUCGUGCAUUUAAAUAUUUAUCAUUAAUAACAACACAACAAAUAAUUUGUUUUAUGUGACCGUAAUUGUGCCCAGUGUUUUGUUUAGUAAGAUUACGUCCAAGAAGAGGACGCAUUUGCAAAAGUGAUUUAGUAGAAGAACAGGGUGUGAUUAUUUCUAGUCUGUUUUUAGGCCUAAUAUUGAGUAACUUUCGUAAACGCGUUUGUUUGAAACUUGGUCUAAAAGCUGUUACUGUUUUAGCAUGAUGUGUUAUGUGCCCUGUUGCAUAAGUGCUAAUAAAAGUGAGGAUAAAGUACCGAUAAAGAGAGUUUGAGCGGGGAAGGGUGUGCGGCUUUACCAGGAGAAGGGGGAUCUCAGCAAACGCACGAAAACAUAUCGCAGAUUGAAAAAAAGGACACGUUUUGUGAAUUUUGAUCAAAAAGUGAUACAAAAUAAGCAUUUUUAAUGAAAUUAGUAUGCUUUGAGUUGGAAUAAAAAGUUAUUGCCAUUUUGCAAGUUAGGAUGAUGGGUUCAGAUAAUGCCCAGGGCAGAUGUUGACUGCCCUGCAUCGGGUGCUGGAUUCGCUUGCGCAGCGAUGAGUUCUAAGUUCAUAAUCGAUAGUAUGCUACCUAAGUAUCACCAGCAAUUUCAUCAUCAACAGUUAUUUGCGACUUCUAAUUCGAAUUCCCUUCAAACUUGCUCAGGUGGUUCAUCUACCGCGAGCUUAGAGUCGAGCCUAUCGGCAGCAGCCGCAGCUGCUGUCAAUUACGCACAUCACAGUUCACCUUCACCAACAGGCUCUAGUCCACAGCAUUCAGGAAGUUCUGCCUCGACAUCCCCGGCGGCAAGAACUGCAUCUAGUAUGUACCCUUACGUAUCCGCAGCAGCGGUCCAUCAUCAUCAUCAGCAGCAACAAGCAGUUGCAGCAGCAGCUUUUGGUGCAACCUCCUCUAUGGUCCCUGGAUUUGGUUCAUCCGUAGCUUCUAGCGCCGCAUUGGCAGCAGCUGCUGCUGUUGAUGCUGCUAAUGGCGACAAAUCAUGUCGAUACACAGCCAGUCUCACAGGGAACGUUGCGCCCAGUUCUACAGAUCCUAUAGUCAAUUACAACCUAAGCCAUCAUCAUCAGAAUGGUGCGACUUCCAGUGGUCUCGUUUCAUCAUCACCUUCUUCAUCGGCAGUAUCCGCGGCUUCAGCUUCCAUGGCAGCAGCGGCCCAAUUCUACCAUCAAGCCGCCGCUGCGUCCGUGGUCGAUCCACUGACAUCUUGCCAGCAACCCACUCCUGGACAACCGGGAAUACCUGACAUUCCUAGAUAUCCUUGGAUGUCUAUCACAGAUUGGAUGAGUCCAUUCGAUCGGGUCGUGUGUGCCGAAAAUUUCCUUCCAGGUCCGAAUGGAUGUCCAAGACGUAGAGGUCGACAGACGUACACACGAUUUCAGACUCUCGAGUUGGAGAAAGAGUUUCACUUUAACCACUACCUUACGAGACGACGGCGAAUAGAAAUAGCUCAUGCCCUUUGUCUUACAGAACGACAAAUAAAAAUUUGGUUUCAGAACAGGCGGAUGAAGCUGAAAAAGGAGCUCAGAGCGGUGAAGGAAAUCAACGAGCAGGCAAGACGAGAACGGGAAGAGCAAGAUAUGAUGAAAAAACAACAGGCCGAAAAACAAGCAAAAAUGCAAGAGCAGCAAAACGCUCUGCAGCACCAGCAGCAUCAUGUGAGUGGGUUAGAUAAGACGCAGAACGAUCUCCUCAAGGGUGUAAGCAAAGUACCGACAUAGGUAGUAGAGUAAAUGUGAGUCAAUAUUUGUUGUCAUUGAUCCCAUAAGACAACGAAAGCUGUAAAUUAAAGACACGCGUCCAUGCGCUACCACUGGGAUUAAACUUCCCACGAAAACGUACUUACCUGGUUCUCCAGGACGAGGGUAAGCCUCGAUCAGCCACUCGGCGACUGUUUGACUGAUUUGUAGAAUGUAUUUUUAAAAAAUAGAACAAAACUAAAAAAACGCAACUAAAACUCUAAACAACGAUCAAUAAAAUAAUAACUGACUUCAAAAGAAUGAACUAGAGACAGAGAAAGAGAGUGGAAAAUACGAUACUUGUUAGUGCAACUUUAAAUUUUUCGUGCCACUGUGUAAAAAUAACUGAAUCCGUCACGUUCCACGGUAAGAAUUGCAAAUAAAAAAGCCCAUGGUUAAAACUUAUGAACCCGCACCUAUCGGACGCUGGUAGUGUUUUCAGUGAUAGAUGUCACGUGAUCAAAUUACGUUUAAUGAUGAAUGUAACUAGUAUAUAGUGUAGUUACUACAUAAAUUUAUUGAUUACAUUGACUACCGACAAAGCAGUUCAAUGGUCGAUCUCAUGCCGCAUAAAAUAUACGGAUCUGAGAGCCGGUCGUCAAACGACCGUUUAGUUGAUUUUUAGUAGGGGUCUGUAUCAUCGACUGCUGUUGGUUUAUUUUAUAUAUACGUGUAUGUAUGUGUACAUAUGUGUAAAACUUUCAUGUGCAUAAAAUAAACGAUGCCAAGAAAGAAGCAGAUAAUACCAGCAUGAAUCUUUAGAAGGACAGUCGGUAUCGAUUACGCGCAAGUUCUCUGGGUACACAUAAAUGCCAGCUUCAAGGUGGGCUGGUUCUUUGAUAUCCGGUGAAUUGACGAUCAUAUCCUCGAGACUAUCACCUAUACUAUUUAUACAGAAAUACUUACAGAUUACUUAGACACGUGACAUGGAGCCAGUGAACGACUUUCUGGAACUGAAAACUAGGAUACUAUUGAAAGUUAUCAUUGAAAAAUAAAUGUCGAAAAUCCCGGGUAAAAAUAUUUGGCUGAAAAGUCGAAAUUUUGAUAAAACCAUACCAAAACCGUAUAAUUUUAUUAAAAGAGACCGAAAUUUCACUGAAAAUAUCGAAAUUUGGCCGAAAACACCCGAAAUUUCAUUAUUCUUAGAAAAACAACCCGAAAAGUCUAAAUUUUACCGAAAUCGUAGCGAAACCAUAGAAUUCUAUUCAAAGAAACCGGAAUCUCGCUGAAAAUGUAGAACUUUAAUGAAAAGGUUGAAAUUUGGUCGAUAACACCUGAAAUGUUCUUAUUCUUAAAAAACAACCCGAAAAUUGGCCGAUCAAUUGAGUCGGCCACUUUUCGAUUUUUUUCAGAUCUAACUAUCGGCCAUUUUUCAUCCUGGCCAGUUUUCAGACUUGCGUUCACAACCUGGGCCACUUUUCGGUCGAAAAAAAAUUUUAUUGUUAUUUUGGCUUGAAAUUUUUUUACCCGGGAUUCAAAAACGCAUUGUCGAUAAUACUGAUAUUAAACGUCCUCUCAUUAUAUUUUUUAUUUUUUGAAAUUUUUUUGUCUGUUGCAAUUAGAAAAUUUAUAUUGUUUAUUAUUUUAUUUUUUUUUUUUUGAUGUUGACUAAAGAAAAUAAUUUUUUCCCAUACUAUGUUAUUACUAUGAUAUUAAAUAAUUUAUGUUCAAGUUUUUGUUAUACUGUUGGUAGCCAGAUACUUACGUCAAAGCUUUUCUAAUUAUAAUUUAAAUAUUAUUGUUAUUACGAUUUGACAUUGAAUUUCGGAAAUUAUUUUUAAAAAUUGUGAUUAUUUUAAUCAGUUCACAAAAUAAAUACUUGACGUGCUUCGGUCAAGCUGAUUAAUUUUAUUGCUUGUAUUUUGUUAUGUUGUAAAAUUUAUAUCUAUUUUUAAAUUUAAAGUUUGUUGAUUUGGUUUUUUUUCAUUGAAUUGUGUUAUGAGAUGAGAAAAAAAUUUCUUGAAGCAAGAAAAAAAAUUCUUGAGACAAGAAAAGAAUUUCUUGAGACAAGAAAAGAAUUUUCUUGUGGUGAGAAAAGAAUUUUCUUGAGACGAGAACCGAAGUUUCUUGAGACAGGAAAAAAGUUUUCUUGAGACAUGAAAAAAUUUUCUUGAGGCAAGAAAUAAAUUUUCGUGAGUCAAAAAAUUUUUUCUAAAUUUUUUUUUUAUUAAUUUAUAAUGAAAAAUAUUUCUUGUACCAAGAAAUCUAUUUUUUCUGUGUAUCUGUAACACAAAACAUGUUUGUUGAUUUUGAAUAACUAUUGGUUUACAAUUGAUAUUAUAGCAGCUUUAAUAGUUUCGUAUUUCAAUAUCAGUUUAUCAUCUACCAAAUUAUUAAAAAAAAUAACUGCAUGAUAAAAUGUGCUCUUAUCUAAGAAUUUGAUACACCAACAAUGAGAUAGAGUACAUCUCCUGAAUGAGUAUUAUACUCUUAGUACAUUAAAUACGUAAUUUGGUGUCAGGGUAGACUUUUCCAUAGUCAUAGAAAGCCAGUUAAUUAUACUACUUAUUAAGUACAUAUAAAUUAAAAAUUCAAAAAAGUUAAUUGAUGUCAAAAAUUUUCGAAUUUAGUAAUAAAAGCAUUUAUUUUUUUGGUAUUCUUGAUGUGGUCA